AUGGCAGUCCCUUUUCCCGAUCUGGACCCUUAUGAGGUUCUCGCAGUGGCAAAGGAAGACCCUCCUGCCACAAUCAAAAAGGCAUACUACAAAAAGUGUCUGAAACACCACCCGGACAAGAUAGCAGAGGCUACCGAGUCAGACAAGACCGCUUUUGAGCGCGUACAAUUUGCAUAUCUUGUUCUCUCAGAUGCGUCCAGGCGACAACAGUAUGACCGGACAGGUUCGCUGGAGCAGCACGACAUUGAAAGCGACAUAAACUGGAAGGAUCUGUUUGAUUCGCUGAGGCAGGACGUCGAGAUCACCGAGCAAUUGAUUGAACAAGACAAGAAGGCAUACCGGGAUGGAGACGAAGAGAUAGAGGACAUUCUGCAGGCUAUGGAGUAUUACAAUGGAGACUUCCCCAAGUUGUUCGAGGCGAUUCCUCAUCUCGAAUUCUCAGAAAAAGAAGAGAAGCGUGUGUUUGCAAUUGUGACUGACUUAGUCGCGAAUGGAGAUCUCGAGAGCAAUUCCAAAUGGAAAAAUUACCAGAAAUCCAGAAAGCAACAGAUCCGCAAACUUUUGAAGGCCACCGACAAAGAGGCCGCGGAAGCAGAGGAGAUGUUAAAGGAGAUCAAGGCCAAGCGCAAGAUUGCAGAUGGCGAGGACUCGCUCAAAGCGAUGAUUCAAAGCAAAAAUCGGGGGGCCUCUGGCUUCGAGGCGCAGAUCGAUCGGUUGGUUAGCAAGUACGAGAAUGAGGCUAAGCAGAAGAAGAAGAGGAAGGUGAAGAAGUGA